AUGGAAAACGUAUUCAAUAGCCUAAAUCUCCUUGGUGAAAUAUUCUCAUACCUAGACUUAAAAGAUAUUGCCCACUUCCGAGCAACAGCUAAAAAGUGGCGAAAACUCGCUGAAAGAGCACAGCUUUGGAAGCCUAUUUUGCAUCGUUCAUUCCCUCAGGUAAGGAUUCUUGAAGAUCUUCAGUGGAAAGCUGUAGAAGAAGUCUUUACUUCACUAAAAGAUGUAAGGAAUGCUUCUUUUGAACCAAAAAAUUCUUAUACAGUCGGAGUGCUUGGCUGUUUAGGAGAACUGAUUCAUCAUAACGAUUCAAGACUAAAUGGUCUUGAAAAAGCUGGACUUCUUGGUGCAUUUUCAUGUUAUAUGGUAGGCCAGAUUAUGAUAUCCAUUUGCAUGCUUAGUAUUCCUUCAGUCAGUAAAAUAGAAUUCCUUCUUGGAGCUGUUCAUUGUUGGCUUAUUCAAGUUGAUGGCAAAAAACAGCACUGGGAGAAUGACUUAAAUCAAUAUUUAGAAGGCUUAAACCAAUACGGGAUUAGACAUGGAGUAGUUUUAGUUAAUUCUGUAGAAAUCAAUGAAUCGGAAAUAUUACAAAGGUGUGGUCAGCAAGGAUAUAAAGUAAUAACUUUGAGAACACUUAACGAAGAUGCUGUAGAUAUGAUUACACGUGAAGUGCUCUCUGUAUCGAGAGAGCAUGGCGAAACCGCUAGAAUGAAAUUUGAGAAGUCUCUCGAAGAAAAGCAGUUCCCUGAUCAAGCAAACUCAAAUAAAAAGAAAAAAUGCUUAAUUUACUAA